AUGAUGCAUAUGACUUUCUACUGGAGCAAGGAGAUGACUCUCCUGAUCGACACGUGGCGCACAUCCACCUUCACUGGCUACGCUCUCUCCUUACUCGCUUGCUUCAUCGUCUCCGCCUUCUAUCAGUACCUCGAAGAUCUCCGCCUUCGUCUCAAGAUCGCUUCCGCCGGAAAACCUUCUUCUUCAUCAUCGGAUCAGAAUCAGAUCGACUCAUCUUCUCAAACUCCUCUUCUCCGAAAGAGUAUCGCCGGUAAGUGGUCGAUCGCCAGACUGGCCGGAGCUUUGCUGUUUGGAGUUAACUCGGCGAUCGGUUACCUUCUUAUGUUGGCGAUCAUGUCUUUUAAUGGUGGAGUUUUUGUUGCGAUCGUUUUGGGACUCACUAUUGGUUGCUUCGUCUUUCGUACUGCUGAUGAUGAUGUUACUCUCAUCGUUGAUAAUCCUUGUGCUUGUGCUUGAUUUUUAUCAUACGGUUCUCAUUUUCGAUUUCCAUUUUAAUUUUAUUGUAAAUUUAUAAUUGAAAGUUUUUCAUGAUUCUGUUUGGUUCUCGGGAAAUGUUGAAAGGAAAUAGCAGAAUUAGAAAUGUUCGAACUGGAGAAAAGGAUAAUAUUCAGAGAUUACGAAUACUGAAUUACUGAUUGUUUUUUUUUUUUAAUCUGAUGUAAAUUUACAAUUCAAGAGCUGUGUAAAUUGUUGUUGUUGUUAUUAUUGUUGUUUUCUCUCUAA